CUCCCCAUAAAUUUCAUCGCGCCUGCUGUGAGAAGAUCUUGGAAGAGCUUCUGGAGAAUUACUGAAGGAGAGAAUAUUUACCAGGAGUGAGAAAAGACAAUGGAUCCAGACUUUUUAAAUGUGUUUACACAGCCUGCUGCACUUAAUCAAUUCCUAGCUGAGAACGUCAUCGCUCAAGGUGAGAAGAAGAAACUCAUAAAACCGACCUCAAGCAACAAUCCCAAAUUGGAAGAAUUAAAACAGUUAUUGAUUGACUGGAUUAACACAACUCUGAAAGAGGAACACAUAGUAGUUAAAAGUCUGGAAGAAGAUCUGUAUGAUGGGCUGGUACUUCAUCAUCUUUUGGAAAACCUAGGAUCUCUCAAGCUGGAUGUUGACAAGAUUGCAUUAACGGAAAAAAAACAGCGACAGAAACUCUCUGUGAUUCUGGAAGCUGUGGCGAAGUGUUUGCAACUGGAAGAAAGUCAGCUGAAAUGGAGUGUGGAAUCUAUCUUGACAAAGGACUUACUGAGCACACUGCAUCUUCUGGUUGCAAUAGCAAAGCACUUUGAACCCAACCUGGCAAUGCCUCCAAAUGUUCAGGUGGAAACAAUCACCAUUGAGAACACCUCCAGAGGAUUAAAGACAGCAAAUGCAGUGGAAUAUAUCACAGAAAACAAAGAGAAUUUAGAAGCGCAGUCAAAAGAUGAUGCCUUUGAUGAAUUAUUUAGCCGUGCUCCAGAUAAACUGGAAGCUGUAACAAAGGUGUUUUUGCAAUUUGUCAACCAGCAUGUUGGAAAAUUAGGAUUAAAUGUGAAAGACAUCGAAUCUCAGUUUGCAGAUGGAGUUAUCUUACUUCUGUUAAUUGGACAACUGGAGGGUUACUUUCUGAAUUUAAGGGAUUUCUUCCUGACUCCAGCCAGCACCACGGAGAUGCUUCACAACGUUAACCUUGCAUUGGACUUGCUGGCAGAUGGAGGUCUUCUGAAUUUUUCUGUGAACUCUGAAGAUAUUGUGAACGGAGAUAUGAAGACUACAAUGCGGAUUCUGUAUUGCUUGUAUUCCAAAUACAAGACCAAAGAAACAUGAAGAGCAAGGCCAAGAG